GAGGGGGGCAGUGGGCGGGGGCGGGGGCUGGGAGGAGGUGCCGCGAGGGGUGGAGCGCGCAGCGGAGCCUGCUCUCGGAGUUUUGACAGUACCGGAGCUGAAAUUGUCAGCGGCGGCAAGCGCAGGAAAGUUGAGAGGAGCUCGUGGCCCCAGAACAAAGCUUGAGAAAAACCAUGGUGAAUCCGGGCAGCAGCUCGCAGCCGCCCCCGGUGACGGCCGGCUCCCUCUCCUGGAAGCGGUGCGCAGGCUGCGGGGGCAAGAUUGCGGACCGCUUUCUGCUCUAUGCCAUGGACAGCUAUUGGCACAGCCGGUGCCUCAAGUGCUCCUGCUGCCAGGCGCAGCUAGGCGACAUCGGCACGUCCUGUUACACCAAAAGUGGCAUGAUCCUUUGCAGAAAUGACUACAUUAGGUUAUUUGGAAAUAGCGGUGCUUGCAGCGCUUGCGGACAGUCGAUUCCUGCGAGUGAACUCGUCAUGAGGGCGCAAGGCAAUGUGUAUCAUCUUAAGUGUUUUACAUGCUCUACCUGCCGGAAUCGCCUGGUCCCGGGAGAUCGGUUUCACUACAUCAAUGGCAGUUUAUUUUGUGAACAUGAUAGACCUACAGCUCUCAUCAAUGGCCAUUUGAAUUCACUUCAGAGCAAUCCACUACUGCCAGACCAGAAGGUCUGCUAAAAGGUCAGAGUAAUGCAGAAUGCGUGCCUUCAUCUCAGAUUUGUUCAUCACAGGUGGAUCCCAUGUGUCUUCAGUAGACAAGUCACCUUUGUAGCUAGCACCAGUGCCAGCUCCAUGCCAUUGCACCUUCUUUAGUCUUGAUUGCCCUUCCCGCAUUUAUUGGUGUAUUAAAAUGACUGAAUAUGAACAUUAAGGACUCCAUGAACCUGGGCUAAUGGGAGACUGUAGAGAAAAUGAAAAAAGAUCCACCAGAGGACAUCUUGGGGAGGGGGAGGGAGCUGGGGGGGAGGGAAAUGACUAAUGAAGCUAAUUAAAAGAAGCAUUCAAAUCUGCUUUCUACCCUCAUUAACAAUUAGCAGGGCACUGGCCAGAGUUUGUACCCUGUGUUUUACCUUAACAACAUUCUAUUUGCUCUUUGUAUAUUUAAGUGUUGUAAGGAAACGUGUUUCAAUCAAAACUGACCAUGAGAUAAAGGAAAGAGAUGUGGCUUUUGUGAUAUUCUAUCACAAACACUUAUUGUAUCUCUGUAAAAUACAAUGUAUGUAUGCAUGUAAGUGUUUUUGUCCUAAUGUUGCUACUCCCAUGGCAAAGAAAAAAAGAAAGAAUGAAAAAAAGAAAAAAAAUUGGAAAAAAAAAUCAGGCUCAUAGCAGCUACUGUGUAGAAAAUUCCCCCUACUUCUAAUUUGCUGAAUGAAGAAAAAAAAAUCUUUUAUUUGUGAUAUUUUCAGAGACAUUUGCUCUAGUAUGGUGUAUUUAAAUAAUAAAAACUUAAAAGAAAAAAUAUUUAAUGGUGUUUGGGUUUAAACACUGCUUUUUCUCUUCUGUAUUUUGAAAAAAUUUAGUUUUUAUUGUUGUUGAAUAACAAGCUCACUUUAAAUUUGAAGGAGUUGAGGGAGGUGGAGUGUAUAUUUAUUUAGCUCUGGGCCAGUAAGGUAUUCUUCAAAUUACUUAACCACGCCAUUAUUGGCAGGGGUACAAAGUAGUUUCUAACAGGGUCCUUUCUAUAAGUCAAGAAUAUUCUGUUAACAGCAUUUCGUUACACUUCUAUAUCACAGUAAGUCUUCUGUGUUUAUAAAUACUUGAGUGUCCACUAUUUUGUUUAUUCUUUUCCUCAAUAGCAAAGCCCUUGGGUAUUGAUGAAAAGUAUGUAUAAAAAAAAAUACGGCACAACCAUCCUGUUCUCUUAUUGAGUUUAUAGCUUUUGAAGGAAGUCACAAUUUCUAAGUCAUACCUGUACAUAUUUUGAAGCUCACUUAGUUGUAGGGACCCAGAGCUCUUUUUUUUAUAGUGAUCUUUGAUGGGUGAAGUAGCCAUUUCCUGGUGACCCUUAGGCUCGUGUGGUUGGCUGUAAGAUGUUUAUUUUGUUUUGCUCCUACACUUCUUUACUGACUCUGCGUUUCCUUAUGUAUUUUGGGGGAAGAUUCUGACUUCAUUUAGUCUUAGUCUUGAGAUACUGAGUUGCUGGUUGCAGGCAGCAGAGUGUCCACCACAGUGCCUGCACUGCCCGCAGAGCUGCCCUCCGGAAAGCAUGCAGUAUAACAGCCAGUGCUGGAAGGAGGAAAACCAAAUAGGCCUGGAGGCUGAGGUUGUACUGCCAGCUUCCUUAGAUGUGAGCAAAUUUCAACUACAACUUCCAUCACAGGCUAAUAAAACCAGGUGUGUGAACGCUACUAUUUUAAAUUUUCUUUUUUAAGAUGGCAUUUUAUUUUAUUCCAGAAAAGCGCCUGAUGUAGACCCUCCCUCUGAGAACAGCCGUGGAGCCAUGUAGAGAGGUGUAGCUCAGCGCAUCUCAACUACCAGUCAGCUUCCCUUUGAGAACUUCUGUGCUCACUUCCUGUUUUCGGAGAUUCCAGGGCAGGGGAAAAAAAAAAAUCAGUUGAACUUCAAACCUCCUAGAGGAGAUUGUAAAGGCAUAGAGUUGAAGUGAAUAGUUUUGUUAGAACCUUAUAAAAAUAAAAUGCAAGAAAAUAAUAUGAAGAAAUCACAUAUAUAUGUUUGAAUUAGAUGUCUGUUUGAAUUAGAUCCUUGGGGAAUUUCUUCAAACUAGUUCUGGUUCUUAUAUUUGUUUGUUUUUUUUCCUUUAAGGAACUUUCUGAAAGAAGUUAGACUGGGAUGGUAAAGGGGGAAAUGGGUUAAUGAGAUUGCAGGCAUUUUCUAUAUUCUUUUUGGCAUAAGCACUUAUGUCCCUGAUAUGUACAAAUUCAAAGGAGGUGGUUAAUAACUUUAGUAAAUAAUAUAUUGUGGCAUUUAGUGAUGUGGAGGGCUAAGGUCAUUACGGACUUUAAAUAAACUAUUAUAUGGCUGGUUCCUCAA